UGUAUCCUCAUAGACUUAGCGGUUUGUUGAUCUAUAAUAUAUUUUGUCUGUGAUAUUAAUAAACGCGAUAAAACCUAUAUUCGAACGCAACUAUUAUUUUUGCUGUUAUUAUUGGAAUAGCAAAAUAAAUUAUGGGAGAACGUUAUAACAUUCAUAGUCAACUAGAACAUUUGCAAUCAAAAUAUAUAGGCACUGGCCACGCUGACACAACCAAGUUCGAAUGGCUUGUGAAUCAGCAUCGUGACUCUUGCAGUUCUUACAUGGGACAUUAUGAUCUAUUGAAUUUCUUCGCAAUCGCAGAAAACGAAGCAAAAGCACGUGUUCGAUUUAAUCUUAUGGAGAAAAUGUUACAACCUUGUGGUCCGCCUCCAGAGAAACCAGAGGAUUAAGCUUUGAUGGGAUGU